AUGAAUGCUGGUCUCCUGACACGCCAACUAAUAGAUCCAAACAUGUACUGGUUUUCUAUUCCAAGUAUUGGUCCUAUCUUGAAAGGCCUAUCCCAGGGGAGGAAGGAAGUUCUUUCAUUACUGAACCGUCGGAAGUACAAGGAGAUGCUACUAUCUUCACUGGAGAAGACGAGGUUGAGGUUAUCACCUCUCGACGUGCGGUUCCACCUCCGCGAUCUGAUUGGGUCUGGUCACAUAAAGACGGUUCAAACACCCACUGGCUUACUUGCUCGCGUGUCAACAGAUUGA